AUGAAGCUGUCAAUUUUAACAAUCCUUCUGACUGUGCUUACAUCAGUUAACUCCAAAGUAGAAGAUCACAAAAUUGAAAAUUCAGAACUUAGUGUUAAUGUUAACGAUGGUUCUGGGGAUGAAUACUCUGGUGUAGUGAUUCACGGAAAUGAGAAAAGAGACGAUGAUGAUGGUCAAGAAGAUGAUGGAGACAACGAUGGUCGUACUGAAAUAGAAGAUUAUUGUAAGUUUUAUAUUGCUCAAGAUAAUGACGAAACAUGUGCUUCAAUUGCGGCUAAAUAUUCUGGUCUUACAGAAAGCGAUAUUGUGAGUUUUAAUUCUAAAAAUGGUCAUUUUUAUGGUUGUGAUUGGAUAUGGGAAGGAGAUGAAAUAUGUAUAUCUAAACCUUAUGGCGACAACGAUAACGACCAUCAGCGUACGUCCUCUGAACGUAGUUCAUCCCUGAAAACUUCAGCACAAUCUUCGAAACUUACAUCGACAAGAAAUUCGCAAGCAACUGAUAACGAUGGUAAUGAAACUGACACUGAUGACGACCAUGGACGUACCACUAAGUCAUCUUCUAAGCGUAGUUCAUCGCAGGCUCCAGCACAAUCAUCGUCGACAAGUAAUUCGCAGUCAACUGAUUCAGGGUCUGGUGCUACAGUAGAUUAUCAACGUUCGUGGUUUGGUAUUGCCGGUGCUAUUGCACUUGGUGGCUUCUUGAUUUAA